AUGACGAUCGGCAUCAGUACAAAGACAAGGUUGAUUCCCCGGCCACGCAACGCCUACGUGCCUCUGAUAGCCCUCUUUGUCGCUUUUGGCAGCUUGAGCUACGGAUAUGUAUCCUCAGUGUUCGGGGCACUUCUUGGGGUGCCCUCAUGGUACGACUAUAUGGGGCUCGACAUCCAAGGCAGCUACACAAACGCUAUCAUCGGCACGGUCAAUGGAGUUUACUCGGCAGGAGGUGCACUCGGCUGCGGAUUCAAUAUAUGGUCCUCGGAAUACUAUGGUCGUAAAAGAGGCCUGCAGAUUGGCAGUCUGAUCGCGACCAUCGGAGCCAUCAUAUCCACUGCAUCGGUCAAUAUCCCCAUGUUCGUCGUGAGCCGUUUCAUCAUGCUCACAUACCCCAUAGGAGAGCUGGUGACAUUGGUUCCACUAUAUCAAGCCGAGAUUGCACCUGCAGAUUCACGUGGGUUCAUGGUUGGAAUGCACGGAGUGCUUAUAGGCACGGCGUAUUGUUUGUCCUGUUUCGUCACGUACGGGUGUUCGUUUGCGAAAUAUGGACAGUUCCAGUGGCGAUUUCCUCUGGGUGUCCAGAUUGCGCCGACUGCCAUCCUCUUUUUCGGCUCCUUUGCCCUUCCAUACUCUCCACGGUGGCUGAUGAGUCAAGGUCAGGACGACAAAGCUUGGGACACGCUUCGCCGCCUCCACGCCUCCAAAUCCGACACUCAUGACACUUACGCCCACGCCGAGUUCAGGCAGAUCCGGGAGCAGAUCAACUUCGAGCGCCGGCAUAAUGUAGUAGGCCCUUGGGGCCAAGCCAGAUUGACUUUCCGCACCAAGAGUCUUAUGCGACGCCUGGGAUUGGGCUUUCUAGUACAAUUCGGGAACAUGUGCACCGGGUCGCUGGUUAUCAGCAACUACAGUGCUCGCAUAUUUGCCACCCUGGGUCUCAAGGACCAUAUGCCGCUGCUAAUGCUCAGGUUGGCCGUCGAAGAUAUAUGUGUAGGUGAUCCUUGUUAUACUGCCCCGAAGCAUGUCAUUGUUGACUCCAUGGGUCUAGUGAUCGGAAUCGUGGGUCUCAUUGUUUGUCUGGCGGGAGAGGCUGCCAUGACAGCCCGUUUCGUCGAGACCGGAUCUACUAACAAGGUCGGCCUGGGAUUCGGCGUCUUCUUCAUCUUCCUUUUUGUCCUAUUUUACUCGGGAUUCUGUGACGCCACCAUGUAUAUCAUUCCCUCUGAGAUCUUUCCCAUGGUGGUCCGAAGCUUCGGCAUCUCGUUUAGCGUCAUGGGUCAGUUCCUCGCCACCGUCAUCCUCCUCGAGGUCGCCCCCACAGCGUUUUCCAACAUCGGCUACAAGUUCUACAUCAUCUUGAUCGCACUCAGUGUCGUGUACUGGCUUCUCGUAUACUUCUACCUCCCCGAGACAAAAGGGAAGACACUGGAAGACAUGGGUAUCCUUUUCGGCGACGAGAUCAACUUGAGCUUUGAGGAAGCGGUGUUGGAAGAGGAGGCGGCCGAGGCAGCAGACGUGGAGAAGGAAAAGGGAAUGGCGAGGGCUGAGACCCACGAGAAUAUGAUCUUCACAAAAGAUGGGAAGAAUUGA